CGACUUUCAUUGCACAGGUGACUCGGAGACUAAACUAAAGCCGACACUACACUGAAAUAUAGGAGACGACGCUGUUAUCAUGGAUGACCUUUUCAAAACGUUUGGGGAUGUGAGAGGGCUGAUUGAAAACAUCUCCAGGCAGGCAGAGGAAAUAGCGAAAAGACAAACCAGCAUCCUGUCUUUUCCCAACCAGGACAAAGGAGGCAGAGAUGAACUGGAGCUGCUUAACAAUGAGAUCAAGAAAAAUGCUAACCUGGUCCGGGCCAAGUUAAAAUCAAUGCAGAAGAGCUGGUCAAUACAUGAGAACAAUCUUGAUUCCUCAGUAAUGCAUCGUAUUCAGAGAAACCAGCACUCACACUUGACUCGCUGGUUUGCUGAAGUCAUGAGGGGUUACCAUAAGGGACUAAUGUCCUUUAGAGAGAAAUCCAAGGGACACAUUCAGAGACAGCUGGAGAUUGUGGAUAAAGUAACCACAGAUGAAGAGUUGGAGGAAAUGCUGCACCUUGACAAUCUCUCCAUCUUCAUAUCUGAUGUCAAGUCUGAAGCUCGUGUUACAAGUCAGGCUCUGACUGAGAUUGAAAGACGUCACCAGGACAUCAUUUGCCUUGAGUCCAGCAUUAAAGACUUGCAUGAGAUAUUUGUGGACACAGCCAUGCUGUUGGAGAUUCAGGGGGAGCUAAUCAACAACAUACAAAAGAACGUCACAGGCGCUGCAGAGUAUGUAGAUGUAUCAAAAGAAGAAAUAAAUAAAGCAGUGAUAUACAAGAAAAAUCCUUCCAAGAUAAUAUCACUCCCAAGCUUUUUUAGGCCCUUCAAGAGAGGAUCCAGUGCUAAAUCUGGGACUGAUCAAGACUCCUCUGACUUGAACCAUGACUGAGUUUUGGACCUUUUUGACCUCAUCAAAAUAUGUGCUCUGUUGGGAAACAUUUCCAUCCGGUUCAUGCAGUCUAUCAGUUUUAAUGAAUCCUCUAAGAUAUGCUCAUUGUUUUUUUAAGAAAGUAUCAAGUAUUUUUUUCAAGUAAAAAAGAUGAGAAGUUUUGCAGGACAAGGGCUGUCUGAUCUUCUUUUGACUGCUAAAGGGACAUAUACAGUCAAAGGCCAGGAAAAUAUUACCUGAAGUGCUCAGUUUUUACAAUACUUGAAUUACUUGAACAGCAUAUUUUUCUAAAAGUCCUGGGCUGAUUUGUUCAUGCAUUCCCUCAUUCCGUCAGUAGAUGCAACUGUAACACAUCCACAGAGACUUUAUAAGUCAUGCCCGUCAUGGUCAUGUCCACACUCCUGCAGCCAUAAUGUCUGGGGCUUUUUAUUUGAGAUAUUUGAGAUAUGGGUUUUUGUUUGUUUGUUCAUUUGUUUUCUUUUUAAAUGUUUUCUCAAUACAAUGUAAUGUUGAGUUUUCAAUUAAAGGAAAAUGUCUAUCUGUCCUAACUGCUUAAUAAAACUCUGUUACUUUUACAGUGCAUGAUUAGGUCCUUUUUUUGGGGGGGGGGGGGUUAAAAUCAGUAUGGGAUGUAUGAAAUUAUUGGCUGCUCUAAAACAAAUUUAUUUUCCAUCACCAAUAUUCUGUUAACGCUUCAACUUGUGUAGUUUAGUUUAAAAGCAAUACUGUGGUUCUACAUAUUAAAAUAGAUGUUCAAAAUUGCAUUGCUUACAUGAAUGAACAAUAGACUUGUGGAAUUAUUUUAACCUUCUAAGACCAAAAGCAGCAAAAGUGCACUUAUUGUAUUUUAUAAAAUAUUGCUAAACAUGAAGGCAGUAUCAAAUUAAAUGCAGGUUUGAAUUCUCAAUUGUUUCUUUCCAUUUUCUUCAGAAGCUGAGAAAUUAAUGUUAUUGUGGAUGGGGGUCCUUUUCAUUUAGGCUUUUUUGUAUUUAAAAAAAUGUAUGAUUCUAAGUGGUCAAUUAGUAUUGACAGAAAUGUAUUGAUGUUGCCACUUAACUCAAAGCUCCAUUUGCUGAUUAACUGUACUCUUGGUUGGACUGUUUGUUUGUUUUUUAGCCACUUUUUGUUUCAGUUUUGCCAUCAACGUUUUUUGUCAUAUGCCAUCACUAUGUGGUGAUAAGUG